CUAAACUACAACACAGUCCCUUCUGUUCGGAUUUUCAUAGCUUAGUUUUCGAACAUUGACUCUCGAUGGUCAAUCACUUGUGACUGAUACGCCACAGCUGAAUGUAGUUUUACGAGACAUUGUAUGGGUCAGUAUUUUGACACUUUCUUGUAUGACUUCACAGAAACGAAGAAUGUGAGCAGGAACAGUGUAUAACAUGAUCACCCGCACUGGAUUCAUCAUCUUAAAGUAGCCUAGCCUACAAUAUUUAAACCUAAGUAAACCGCGCGAUGCAUGAGGAUGCUUCAGGACCCAUCAUACUGUAGUCGGAGCUGCAGUCGCUCAAUUUCUUUAUCUUGCACGUCUUGGACAUGAGGAUAAACCCUGACAUUUCUCCGAUAGCCUACCACACAUUUGGGGAAUGGACUGAAACAGACAGAGAUGUAAAGUUGUAAUUUGCAGAAAUCGAGUGAAACAUUUUGAAUGGCUCGUUUCCAGUUGAGAUUUGAGCACGGGGGACGUUGGAGUGGAGCACUGAAACACCGUUUUUAAAGUUGGUAAACCAAGGACAGAAGUAACCGGAAUAUGGCACGUUUUUCCAAGCCUUUCUUUUUUUGUAAUUAUAUGCUCUGGGUGAUAUGACUGCAGUAUCCUUGAAACGUAAAGGUAGGCUAUACCUGCUUAAAUCAGAAUAUGCCUUUUCGUAAUAAAAAUAAAUAAAUAACGACAUCUUGUCCGUAUCAACAUGUGGCACUUUGAAGAUCUAUAUUCAUUAUUAUGAUGAAUCAAUGAGCAAUCAAGCUACUCAAAGGUUCAUGUGUAAUAAUUCACGCGUAAUGACAUGAAAACAUCUGCUUGUUAUAAUGGAUGAUAAAUCCAAUAAGCUGAUCUUAGUACCUAUUUUAGCUGUUCUUUUUGUAAUGAUAGGGUAUCAAUAUAUCUGUCCAGCUGGCAGCAACUCUUGCCACUUUAAGACUGGGGAAAAAUUAAGAGGGGUCAGUCUACUUUCUACCCAAUAUCGGACAAUCGAGGACAUUUAUACGGAACUGGAGGAUGAGAGCCCUCCCAAAUCGCCGUCAAAAUUCAACUUUUCUGAACGAGACCUUCAGCGGCACGUCGAUUUCAACAUUAAAGGAGACGAUGUCAUAGUGUUUUUACACAUCCAAAAGACCGGGGGAACCACCUUUGGAAGGCACUUAGUUAGGAAUAUUCGUCUGGAGCAACCAUGCGACUGCAAACCAGGGCAGAAGAAAUGCACAUGCCACCGACCAGGGAAAGAAGAAUCCUGGCUGUUUUCUCGGUUCUCUACAGGCUGGAGCUGUGGUUUGCAUGCUGACUGGACAGAGCUCACCAACUGUGUACCUGUAAUAAUGAACAAGAAGAAAGCUAAAAAAAACAAAAGGAACUUCUACUACAUCACUAUGCUACGUGACCCUGUCUCCCGCUACCUCAGCGAGUGGAAGCAUGUACAGCGCGGGGCCACCUGGAAGACCUCACUGCACAUGUGUGAUGGACGCUCGCCCACGCAGGACGAACUGCCCACCUGCUACGCCGGGGACGACUGGUCGGGCGUCACCCUGACCGAAUUCAUGGACUGCCCGUCCAACCUGGCCAACAACAGGCAGGUGCGCAUGCUGGCAGACCUGAGCCUGGUGGGCUGCUACAACCUGUCCUCCAUGAACGAGAGCGAGCGCAACCACAUCCUGCUGGGCAGCGCCAUGAACAACCUGAAGAACAUGGCCUUCUACGGCCUCACCGAGUUCCAGCGCAAGACGCAGUAUCUGUUCGAGCGGACGUUCACCCUGCGCUUCAUCGCCGCCUUCACGCAGAUCAACAGCACGCGCGCCGCCAACGUGGACCUGAGCGAGGCAGUGCGCCGUCGCAUCGAGGAGCUCAACUACCUGGAUGUGCAGCUGUAUGAGUACGCCAAGGACCUGUUCCUCCAGCGGUUCCAGUACACCCGCCAGCGCGAGCACCAGGAGGAGCGCUUGAAGAGGCGCGAAGAGCGCCGUUGGCUCCGGGAGCAGCGGGAACAAAGCAGGACCUCACUCCUAAAACGCAGAGGGGACAGUGGCGAGGAAGGAGGCAGGGGCGAGCUUGCCUCUACCACAGAAGACUACACCAGCCAGGUGGCCCGGUGGUGAAGUCACACUCCUGACCACACACACACACUCACAAACACACACACAGAGGUCACUGGUGAUCGCCUACAGAGCAGCCUUACAUGGUCUGUCACUGUCUCUCAUCCAUCCUCACUCCCUCUCUACCACUCCCUAACAGCUUUCUCUCUCUGUCAGUCUCCAUCUCUGUCUAUCUAUUUCUGUCUAGUAUCGCUAUCUUUAGCCACCCCUGUUUCUCAGCUUCAGUGUGAGCUGUAAAAGUUUCUUUCAGGUCAGGAAACUGCAAUGUCUGUGAGUCCGUCUGGCAGCAGCUUUGCUUGGAGUGCCCUUUGGUGUCUUACAUCCUCUAAUAGAUGGUCUCAUUGAUUUAUUUCCAAUGGUUUGUUUUGGCGCUCCCUAACUGUCCUUUCUCUUAGCUAUGGUUAUUUAUUAUCAUGCAGAUUGUGAGAACUCUAAGGGCAGUAAAUUAAGCUCAAAGACACAAUCAAAAGAUGCUGCUUGUAAUGACUUUAUUAUUGGGACUCUCAAUGUCAAAGGGUGGAUCAACUUGCAAGAAUAUAGUAGUUCAAAGGUAGUUCAAGAGAAACCGAUACAAGUGCUGAUUCUUGCAUGUCCUGUGUCCUUAUUAUAUUUGAAAAACAGUUUGAGGAUGGAAAGUUAUUUCCAAAAGAAAAGAUGAGAGCCAAAGUACACUUGCUCAUGUGUUUUUAUUUUUUUUCAGACAGAUGUUUUAUAAAUGGGAACUUGAAAUUGACAAUUUCACAGAAAAUAAGAUACCAUGUAUUUAAUUUAAUUUUAUCAUGGCAGUUUCAAUAAUGUCAUUUUCUUAACCAAAUAGUCUAUAGUUGUGGUUGAUUUUUCUUUUUUUAUUGAAGCAACACAGGCUUUUCUAGGGUGCAAUAUUCCAUAGAGUUUAUCUACAUGCAGGACCUUUAAAUAGGUUUCCAUUACUGUUGUGAUUCAGCUACCAUCUGUGUGUUGGAAUGUGAAGUUAAUCACAGACUUACAGAAAGAGGAUUACGAUUAAGCAAAUACUUACCACAUUCAGCAUUCAUAUUACAAAUGGAAGGAACUCAAGUCAAACAAACGUCCCACAUUUUAAGCCUGGAUUGUUUGAGUUGUCCCCUCCAGAAGGUUGAGAUAACCAGUGAAGGUAAACAUGGCAGGUGAGGAGGCAGGGCGGCAGGGUUGUUGUGGACUGAAUGUCAAUGAGGCGCUCGGCAUUCGUCCCUCGCCCUUUGCCCCGUCACACUCUGUGGUUUUACAUGUUUGUGGAGCCCACGCCAACGGCAUUGUGAGCUGUGAGCGGCGUUCAAAUGGCAGCAGAAUGCCAGUCGAAGAUGACCUGACUGGCUCAAACAGAACAAUCCUUUAAAAUAGAGAGAAAAUGUAUCAUAAAGGUAUCUCCUUUCUGUUUGAUCCCCCAUUCUCAAAUGUAGGUAACCUCUGAAUGAACAUUAAAGGAACAUGAAAGUAAUAAAAAGAAGAUUGGUGUACCGGUUAGGGUUUAAUGAAUGGAGUGGGGAUGGCUGUGUGGAUUUCAUUAUAGAUUACAUAUUGUAUAUGCUAUUAUUCUGUUAUGAAAAUGUGAACUCUCCAUUGACAAUAUUUUCAUGAAAAUAUACAUUUGCUGCUGCUUUGUUAAAAACAUGUUUUUAAUCCUGUUUGUACUUGAUUUAUUUUCAGAAGAUUAAGGUCUGCUUCAUCACUGAGAAAUAACCUUAACAUAUGAGUUUAAAUGUUUAUGUUGUUUAAGUUCAUGUAUCCAGUGUUUUCACACUGUAAUGUAACCAUUAUCACUAUUUGGUUUGGUAUCACGGGUCCAGAUUAGCUGUUGGUCUAAAAAAAGAAGAAUCUGCUGAAAGUGCAUUUGUAUCCAAGAAUAGGCAGAAAUUGUUUACAGGUUACUGUUCCUUUGAGUUCAAAGUAAUUAUUGGAGCCAAUAAAUUAUUAGAGUGGUAGGCAUGGGUGUGUGUGUGUGUGUUUCAUCAUUGUAUAUUGAUCACAAAUUUGCCUGCAAUUUGAAUAAGUCAACACAGUGUAAUACAUUACCCAAGCUUUUUCAAAUCAAACAUUAUAAUCCAAAUCCUUUUUUUGUUGAAUUUACUCCUGAAGGUUGGAAUGUGCUGUGAAGAAAACUCAGCUUAUAGUCAUGUAAUUCUUAUAUGCUCAGUAGUGUGGUGUGUAUAUUGAUGCAACAUAUGGAAAGUCUGAAAUGAACGUUUCAAACCUAUUAUCCAUAUCAGACCACAGUGUAAAUUAAGUGAUAAAUUGGAGCCUGAAAGGGAACUGUCACAAUAGGUACUGCCAUACUCACAGCCCUGUGACAUGACAUGUUAUAAAAGAGUGAUUUGAAUAAACUUCAACUGCCACUCAACCUAAAAGUGCACAUCUUUGAAGAACAAAUAAUAUUGCAUUUAUUUACGGGAAUAAAGGGAGUUUUGUCUAAAAGGAAAAAUGUUAUAUUUAACAUCAGCCUUGGGAGUGGUGUCUAAGAAGAACUUUUUAAAUGUAUUAUUCUGUAUGUUCUGUCCAAAUUAUUGUGUAUAAAAAAUGGACAGUCUUAAUGACAAGUAUCAUACAAUAUCAGCAAUUUUCUUUGUCAGGUAUGCAAAGUUGGGUGAAUACUCCAUCGGACAUUAUAAAUAAAUA